UUGUACUUCUUUCUACAUAGCAGCUUUCCUUCCUUUUGAGCUGGGACAAUACACGACUUGUUUUUUCUGUAAUCUUCCAUUAUUUCGGAAAGGAAUGGCGAACGAGAAAAAGUGUUUCACUUUCAUCUGGAAAAUAGAAAACGCAAGUUAUUGUUCGCAAAAGAUCGGUAAAUUUGUUGAUAGCCCUCGUUUUGUAGUGAGUGAAAUGAAAGGAACGCAAUGGUUGUUGAGAUUGUAUCCUGUUUUUAAUGGAACUGUGUUUCUCUUAAACUGCCUUACAUUCGCUUUGAUUAAAUUGUCAGUCAGAAAAGAAGCGAAAACGACAGGAAUUGAAUGGCAAAUCGAUCUUUUGGCAUCAAAUGGCACAGUUCUGUUAUCAUGUAAUCGGAAAAAAGAUGAUUUAGGAACUAAUGAGUUGGAUGUAUACAGCGAUGUUACAUAUGGCCGUUCAGAAGUGUUUGAUACAAAAAAAUCUGAAUAUCUACCGCAAGGCACUCUUACUGUGCGUUGCAGGAUAUGGAAAAAAGAUGGCGAAUUCUCGGAAAAUAUACAGUGGACAGGUCGCACUUGCUUAGUGGUUAAGACAAGGUCAUUCUUGUGGGAAGUGGGAAAUUUCAGAAAUCUAGAAUCGAAGGAAAAACACACCUACGAAAUCAAAUCAUUUGAGACUGAUGAAAAUUUAAUAUCUUUGGAUCUGUUUCCAAAUGCUGAAGAAAUUAAUUUUGCUGUCACGCCAAUAAAUAAAGAAAUAAAAACUUGUAAACUCGAGUUAUUUCCUGUUAAUACUUCUGGAAGCACAUUUGAUCAUCAAAAAGAUGAAUUCGAUUUUGAUGUGCCUGGUGGCAGCAAUCAAUCAUCAAUAUGUCUUAAAAAAUCAGAAUUGAUGGAAAAGAGCGAUGUUCUUUCCUUAUGGUGCGUGUGCAAUUUCUCCACGGGGACCAUACUGGAAGAAAUAGAAAGUGUCUGUAUUAGCACCAUCUGUUUUGAAAACAGUGAAACAAAAAAUCAUUGCUUAGAUGCCGAUAAUAAUUUUAAAGAUGCCUUAAUUGAUGAUUUCAAAUCAAUGUUGAAUGAUGCCAUUCUCUCAGAUGUAAAACUAAAGACGAGAAACAACAGCUAUCCUGCCCACAAAUGCAUACUAGGCUCCAGAUCUCCGGUGUUCAAAGCUAUGUUUUCGAGCGACAUGAAAGAAAGAAUUAAAGAUAGUGUCGAAGUUGAGGAUUUGAGUGAAGACACUGUCUCGAGGAUGCUUCGUUAUAUUUACAGCGCCGAAGUCGGAGAAUUGGAGUGGGCUGCUGCAACUCAGUUGUAUGAAGCGGCCGAUAAAUAUGAAAUCCUCACACUGAGGGAUGCAUGCUCGUCCUACCUGAAAAAGAACUUGUGUUUAAACAACGCGUGUGAAGCUCUGGUAUUGGCCGAUCUCCAUCAAGACGGGAAUCUGAAAAGUUUUGUACAAGACUUUAUCUUAAGACAUGGUAAAGAUAUCAUCAAUUCUGAAGAAUGGGAACAUUUGAUGGAGACGAAUGUGAAAUUAGCCGCUGAAACGAUGCGUCUCAAGUAUAAAGAAUAGUUAAGUAUAAGAAAGAAUAUAUCAGUUCUCCUCGAUUCCGAUGGAGGUAUCAGCGAAACGUUGCUAUACAAGUCCUCACGUGUCUUCCACAUCUAACAGCGAAUUGUGAGCCUAUUUCGCAGUGCAAACUCCGGGCUUCCUUUUAAGAACACAACAGUGCGUUUUGCAAUUUUUUGGAACAGGAUGCCGGAUCUCUUCAAAACGAUUGUUUAUUCCAAUACCAUGAACGAAGAACCGAUUCGUCCACGCCCAGAAAUGCGAAUUCGAAAUCUAUUUCAACCACGUCCUUACCUUUGCAAUUCGCGUUUUUUCGCCAAGUACAUUCCUAUGUUGUUUCGACUUCGAUUUCCGUUCGGAUACAGCCGCAGUUUUCACAAAGUUUUUCCUUGUCAUAUUUACUACGAACUCGGAAGUUCCAAUUUUCUACAUAAACUGCUCACAUUUUCCAAGGUCCAUAUGAAAGUAAACCAUAUUUUCUUUUGCCACUUUUACACGUUAUUUGCCAACUACUAUUCUAUCCUCUUGAAAAGCAGUGAAGUUAUUUGGAGA